ACAGAAGAAGUGACGCUCAGGUGACGCCAUUAGAUCAGACACCACAGAGCUAGUGUCACGUCACUAGAAGGUGUAACAUCUGGACGCUUUUUCCUCAGGCUCCUGCAGCUGGAGAGUUAAGAAGACAACUCUUUCUCUCAUUGUUAUUUACGGUAACCGAGAUUAACACCGUGCAGUUCAGCAGCAGGAGACAGGAAUCGACUGAGUCCCUCCGGUUUGUGUAGAUGAUAAAUAUGCACCAUAGAUCAGAGCUGGACUGAAGCAGCAGUGAAGUCCGUCAUGUUCACCGAGGAUCGUGCAGAGGACACUGGGACCAGAGACAGCGGGGAUGGAUCAUCAUGUUGAAACCGGACCUCAGACUCAACCUCCAGCUUGAAUCCACAUCCACGAGUCCUCAUCGACACGUCGCCCUGAGGACUCACUGACCGAUCGUAGGCGCAGUGACACGAGUCAUGUCCAGGUCCAGUCGGCGCUACAAGCCUCUGCUGCAGAGCAACGGCAGCGGCUCCCCCCUCGGCUGUGACCGGGUUCGAAUCCCCCGGGCCCGGGUGCUGCUGCUGUGCCUGCUCGGGUUCCUGGUGCUGGCGGUGGUGCUGGGAGUGUAUCUGUCAAACGACACCAGCAUCGGACAUGUGAACCAUGUACCAGCCGCAGACCUGACCAAAGAGAGGUUGUCCCACAAACCCAGCAAAUGCUCACCAGCUCAAAUCCGCCGCCUGGCCGCUCAGGUGGACGGGACUCGUCUGUGGGAGACUCACCUGAGGCCCAUCCUGAUAGAGAGGCUGCCAGGGACCCAGGGCCACCUGGCUGUAAAGCAGCACAUCACCUCCAUCCUGAACUCCCUGUCUGCCGGCUGGUCCAUCGACCUCGACUCCUUCCAGUCGCCGACCCCGCGAGGCUCGGUCGGCUUCACCAACAUCGUGGCCACUCUGGAUCCCUCGGCCCCUCGCAGGCUGCUUCUGGCCUGUCACUACGACUCCAAGUUCCUGCCUCCAGACCCCCGUGACCCACAGAGGGUGUUUCUGGGGGCCAGUGACUCAGCGGUGCCUUGUGCUAUGAUCCUGGAGCUGGCCACUUCUCUGGAUGCUCAGCUUAGAUCCUUCAAACAACAGAAACUUCCCGUCUCCCUUCAGCUUGUGUUCUUUGAUGGCGAGGAGUCAUUUGAGGAGUGGACAGCCACAGACUCGCUGUACGGCUCCCGACACCUGGCUGAGCGCAUGGCCAACACGCCUCACCCCGCCGGCUCCUCACACACCACCAUGCUCCAUGCUGUGGACCUUUUUGUGCUGCUCGACCUGCUCGGGGGUCCUGAUCCACUGAUUGCAAAUCACUUUGACAACACAGCACGCUGGUUUGACCGUCUGAUUACUGCAGAGAAGAGACUCCAUCGACAGGGUCUUUUGACGUCUCACCCCUCAGAGCAGACGUACUUUAGGAAGGAUGUGUAUCUUGGACCUGUCCAGGACGACCACAUCCCCUUCCUUCACAAAGGCGUCCCCGUGCUACACGUCAUAGCCACUCCCUUCCCACAGUUCUGGCACACGUUGGACGACAAUGAGCAGAACAUGCACCGCCCCACCGUCGAGAACCUGACCAAGAUCAUGGCUGUGUUUCUGGCUGAAUACCUGGGCUUCUAAGCACAAACACAUGAAGACCACUGCUCACGUUUACCCUGCACUGGAGAACUCUGGUUACGAAUGAGUGACCACUUGCACAAGAGAAGUCCCUAGUGAAAUUAACUCAACUGAACUGAGAUACUAGCUGACCUUUGCAGAAGACUUGUCUCUGCUGAAGUGUUUAGUCUCCUUAGUUUAACAUCAUGGAGGAGUUGGAGACCUUAUUUUUCCAAAACGUCUCGGCAUGUGAAGUUGAUACAGAGUCUUAAAUUAAAUUAUUAAAGUAAUAUUUAAUAAGAUAAGAUAAAAGAAUCCUUUAAUGUCAUGGAGAUGCACUAACGACAGACCGAUGUGAGCUGCUGUGAAUGACGGCCAGAAAAUAUCUGUGAGUAAUUCACUUCACUUUGUCUGAAGAUGCUCUUGGCCUUAGUACCCGUUGCUCUUAUUGCACAUUCUGUGUCAGUUUAGGGAUAUUAAGAGUGAAAUAGCCAACAAAUGUGCAUUUACACCACGUGAACGGGGGAGACAAAAGUCUGCAAUAAGGUUUCAAUGGUUUGCUCAGUUUCUCUCAGUAGCUUUGUGAAAAAACUAAGACACAGAAAAAUUCUGUUUCUUGAAACAUUCUGUAACUUCUAGAUGUGGAAAAAUGUCACCAGUGACGUCUUACCUUCCCUUCAACAAGCUGAAACCACUUGGGCUUUACAGCACAUCUGUGAACCGGUGUAUUAAAUUUAAUCCACCCAUAUGAUGCUUACUUUAAA